CCGGGCAACUGCGGCCGGCGCGCUUCCACCCGCCAUGCCUGUUAUCCCGGUAGCAAUGCUGAAGUGCGAGAUGACGGGCGGUGAGGUGAAAGUAUUCGGGAAAGCAAUACAAACUCUGUCACGAGUGAGUGAUCACCUCUGGCUAGACCCAUCUGAGAAAGGUCUUGCUCUGAGAGCUGUGAAUUCUUGUCACUCAACAUAUGGCUAUGUCCUGUUCUCAUCUGUGUUUUUUCAACAUUAUCAAUGGUCACCCUCAGCCACGACGAUCGAUUCUGGCAUACCACUGAAUUUAAAUUGCAGAUUGGCAAUAAAGUCAAUUCUGCCAAUCUUUAGAUGCCUGAAUUAUCUCGAAAGAAGUGUAGAGAGGUGCAAGAUAGUCAGCAAGUCGGAUCAGGGCAAAGUCGUCAUUCAGUUCUUCUGCAGGCACGGCAUUAAAAGAACUCACAAUGUGUAUUUCCAAGACAGCCAGCCCUUGAAAAUCCUCUUUGAAAAGAGUUUGUGUGCGAACAUCCUGAUGAUUAAACCCAGACUGCUGGCCGAGGCCGUUUCUCUUCUAACAUCAGGCCAGGAGGAAGUCACCUUCUCUGCUACUCCAGGCAGCUUGUGCCUCAAGAGUUCAAGUGGGGAAUCACUGGAUUUAACCAGCUCUGUGUACAGUGAGAUGUCUUUUGGCCCAGAAGAGUUUGACUUCUUUCAGGUUGGAUUUGAUACUGAAAUAACAUUUUGUUUUAAAGAACUGAAGGGAAUCCUCACCUUCUCAGAAGUGAUGCACGCUCCUAUAGCCAUAUACUUUGACUUCCCUGGGAAACCGGUUGUUUUGAGCAUUGAAGACAUGCUCUUGGAGGCGAACUUCACCUUGGCCACAUUAGCGGAUUACCCAAGUAGAUUGUCUUCACCACAGUCGCUGUGUCUUUCCCAGACACGAAGGUCAGACUCCACACAGUCAGAUGCUCAGGUGGGUAAAAGCCAAGCCAGCCAGGCCCCAGAGAGCAUCUCUCGAGCAGCACCCAAAAGGCUGUUUCCCAAGGAUCCUCCAGACAGCAAUUCUGCAGCAGAGACCAAGAGAGCCUGCAUCAGCCAGGAUGACAUCUCUGAAGUCCCUGAAACUAUUGUCAGUGACAUGGAGGAAGGGCCAGGCCCUUCACCCCUCAGAAAGUUUUCCUGCUUGUUCUUUGGAGCAGUUUCUUCUGAACAGCAAGAACAUGUUGGCCACCCCUUGGACAGCCUGGCAAUGGCAAGUGACAGUGAAGAGGACGUGAGUGGAUGAGUGUCCACGGGCUGAUGCUCAGUGACAGCUUCACUGGGUGUUGGGCCUGGCUCCCUGAACACGGUGUCUCUGCUUUUCCCAGUAUCUUGGU